CUGAUACCGCUGUUCUCUGUUCCCCGAGGGCGAUGAGGGGGCGUCUAUGCUCGCAGCUGCCCAUGUUCCUGCUCCUUCUCCAGCCCUGGGAAACCCAGCUCCAGUUCGCAGGUCCCAGGUGCCGUACUGGGCCCCUGGAUUUGGUGUUCGUGAUUGACAGCUCGCGCAGUGUGCGCCCCUUCGAGUUCCAGACGAUGCGGCAGUUCCUGGUGAGCCUCCUCCGCAGCUUGGACGUGGGGCCCAACGCCACGCGCGUCGGCGUGAUCCAGUAUUCGAGUCAAGUGCAGAGCGUCUUCCCGCUCGGAACCUUCUCACGCCGCGAGGAUAUGGAGCGCGCCAUCCGCACUCUAGUGCCACUGGCGCAGGGCACCAUGACCGGGCUGGCAAUCCAGUACGCCAUGAACGUGGCCUUCAGUGUGGCCGAGGGUGCGCGCCCGCCGGAGGCGCGCGUGCCGCGCGUCGCUGUAAUCGUGACCGACGGGCGGCCCCAGGAUCGUGUGGCCGAAGUGGCGGCGCAGGCGCGCGCCCGCGGCAUCGAGAUCUACGCCGUGGGGGUUCAGCGCGCUGACGUGGCCUCCCUGCGCGCCAUGGCGUCCCCCCCGCUGGACGAGCACGUCUUCCUCGUCGAGUCCUUCGACCGUAUCCAGGAAUUUGGCCUUCAGUUCCAGCGCCGGCUGUGUCGAAAGGACCUGUGUGCUGAGGGGGGACACGGCUGCCAGCACCAAUGUGUCAGCUCCCCCGGCACGUUCCACUGUGCCUGCAACCCCGGCUACCGGCUAGCAGCAGAUGACAAGAGCUGUUUGGCCCUCGACCUGUGCACUGAAGGGACCCAUGGCUGUGAGCAUCACUGCGUCAGCUCCCCGGGCUUCUAUUUCUGUCGCUGCCGAGCUGGCUUUGUACUCCAGCAGGACCAGAGGAGCUGCAGGGCCAUUGACCACUGCAGCUUUGGGAACCACAGCUGCCAGCAUGAGUGUGUUAGCACCUUUGGUGGGCCGCGGUGCCGCUGCAGAGGGGGCUACAACUUGCUGCCCGACGGCAGGAGCUGUCAGGCCCAGGACCUUUGCAACGGCGUAGACCAUGGAUGCGAGUUCCAGUGCGUGAGUGAGGGCUUCUCCUAUCGCUGCCUGUGCCCUGAGCGGUGGCAGCUCCAGGCAGAUGGCAAGAGCUGCAGCCGGUGCCAGGAAGGCCACGUGGACCUGGUUCUGCUCGUCGAUGGCUCCAAGAGCGUGCGUCCGCAGAACUUCGAGCUGGUGAAGCGCUUCGUGAACCAGAUCGUGGACUUCCUGGACGUGUCCCCGGAAGGCACGCGCGUGGGGCUGGUGCAGUUCUCCAGCCGCGUGCGCACCGAGUUCCCACUGGGCCGCUACGGCACGGCGGCCGAGGUGAAGCAGGCGGUCCUGGCUGUGGAGUAUAUGGAGCGCGGCACCAUGACCGGGCUUGCGCUGCGCCACAUGGUGGAGCACAGCUUUUCAGAGGCGCAGGGCGCGCGGCCCCGGGCGCUCAACGUGCCCCGCGUGGGCCUGGUCUUCACCGACGGCCGCUCCCAGGAUGACGUCUCGGUGUGGGCGGCGCGCGCCAAGGAGGAAGGCAUCGUCAUGUACGCCGUGGGCGUAGGCAAGGCGGUGGAGGAGGAGCUGCAAGAGAUCGCCUCGGAGCCAGCGGAGCUGCACGUGUCCUACUCCCCCGACUUCAGCACCAUGACGCACCUGCUGGAGAACCUCAAAGGCAGCAUCUGCCCGGAGGAGGGCAUCAGAGCGGGGACAGAGCUUCGGAGCCCCUGCGAGUGCGAAAGUCUUGUGGAGUUCCAGGGCCGCACGCUGGGGGCGCUCGAGAGUCUGUCGCAGAAUCUGGCCCAGCUGACGGCGCGCCUGGAGGAUGUGGAGAACCAACUGGCCACCCAGAAGUGAGGGCCGCGGGUGGCCCGGACCCGGGCAAGGGGGGCGGCCCCGCGGACUGGGCCCCCUCGUGCGCCUUCCGGGCGCUGGGGCCGGGCAGAAGCUGGGUCCCCCAGGCUUGGGCUGUCGGGGGGGAGGCGCUGGCGGGCUUCCAGCGCUGCGAUCGAGCUGGCCUCGCCUGGACCAGAAGCCGGACUGCGGGGGAUCGUGGGAGGGGAUGUGGGGGACGCGUGCUGCGCUCAGUUCUUUGUAGGAUUUCUUUUUUUGUUUUCUUUUUCUUACAAAAAAAAAAAAAAAAGAACAAAAAAAUCUGGUUUCCACGGGGUCGGUGUGCGUGUCUUGCUGUGCCGCCAGGCGGAGGGGAGGCCAGACGGAGCGCGCUCCGGCGGCGCCCGGGCGGCGUCUCCUCGGAGAAAGGCGCAUUGUGCGGGGGUCGGGCCGGGGGGCAGGGGACCGGGAGCUGCUUCCCCCCGCUUGUUUAUUCAGCUGAGAACAGAUGGCUCCUUAUGCAGGCUGCGGGAAGGGAGGGGGCUCCACGGGUACCCUGGGGGUCUGGGCAAGUCUGCGCCCCUCCAUCCCCCAGCGGAUCGGACACCUCGCUCUCUGGCCGUGCCUAUCUCCUGGUGUCCCGGGGUCUGGCUCAAAAACUGUUCGAACUGGGCGGGGCGGGGGCGGGGGUGUUGGCGAGAAGCGGGAGGCGGUAAUCGAAUCCCCUAAAGGGACGGGAGCGGGGAGGAUAGGUGAGUUUCGCCUGGAUUUUAUCUCCCUGCACUAGAUAGGAAAAGGAGGGGGUGUCAGCCAGGACCUCUGGCCCAGAGUAGCCUUCCCAGCCUGUGUUUUACCUCCAAAAAAACAAAAUAAAAACGAAUCCUCUUUAGGUAAAGAGCACAAACUGGUACAAUUUCCCAAGUGCAAAGAUGAAAAUACUUCCAGUCCUAGAGUGAUUAUGGGCAAAUUACUCUGGGUUUGUUUCCUUAUGUGUAAAAUGGGGAUUGAAAUCGUUAUGCCCAAGGGUGAUGGUGAGAAUGGAGGAAAUUAUUCUAAGGCAUCUGACCUUGUGCCUGGUACUACGUAUUAGGCUCUCAGAUGGCAGCUUUUAACUAUUAAUAGCUAACA